UUUUGCCUUUAAUAGAUGCACAGGAUUAGACUCAAAGAACAAGAUCAAGACAGUGUUGGGACUUACGCUCUAACUUACCUUACUGCUGCGAACGCUACUGAAGAUGACGAGGAUGAAGACCCACAUUUCUCUGGAGAAAAUGAAUUGUCCAGAAGAGGUGACCCCUGUUUCCACUACACCGCCCUGGACCAGGUCUGGAGAGCCACUAACAGCACCACAAAGAUAAAAAGGUGUGACCGCAACCUCAAAUGGAACGGUUGGUACCGCCUUUUCUACAAUGGUAAGAGUCUUCAGAUGCCCGAGAGGUGCAUCCCAGUUGAUAGAUGUGGUACUCACGCCCCUCUAUGGCUGGUUGGAUCUCACCCCAGAAGAAGAGAUGGUAUCGUUACCCGUCAAGUUUGUGGCAACUGGAAAAAAAAGUGCUGUGCUUUUCGCUCCCCUCCCAUCAAAGUCAAAAAGUGUCGUGGAAAUUACUAUGUCUACAAGUUUAGUCGACCAUCGGCCUGUUACCUGGCGUACUGUGCAGAUAUAAACACUCUGAGAUGUGGAAGGUGCCGGAGGAACCAGUCCUGUGUGAGCCGAGACAAGAUUAACUGGAGGUGUAAGAGAAACAAGAGAUUUUCAAGCAGAAAGAUCCACUUCUUCGCCUCUUUUCCUGGCCGCCUGCAUGGCAAAGUGAACCGGGUUAAGUACACCAAAGUCUUUGUGAACGUGGGCCGUGGCUACAACAGGAGGACGGGGGUUUUCAAAGCUCCUGUCAAAGGGCUCUAUCAGUUCUUCUUCUCCUCCCAAAGCCACUACACCAACCUCAAGACAGAUCUGUGGCUCGUCGUCAACGGUUACUGGGUGGCUGUGUCUAGCACCCGAAUCUCUCGUAUUUCAUCUGUGGGCAGUUUGACGUACUACAUGACGUUCCUGCGCAGGGGCUCUGUGGUUUAUGUGACCCAAAACAGUGGCAGGUCCUGGGCCAAUAGCUUGUCCACCACCAUCACGUUUGGAGGCUCGCUGCUAGUCCAGUAUAAAUCAUGA